CGUCAAUAAAUUCAAUAACCUAGCGGCGUCAUAUUUCGGCGCCAUUUUGUCUAUAAAGCGAAGCUGGCUCGAGUGUGGUGCGCCGUGCUAAACGUUAUACUAAUUAUUUUAAUAAUUAAGGAUAGAUAUAAGAAGUGACCGCAACAUGGUGCCGCAAACGAAAGUGUUCAUCGGGAGCCUGCCCCAGGGCUCGAAGCCGGAGGAGCUCCGCAAACUGUUCGAACGCUUCGGCGUCGUCACCGAGUGCGACAUAAUGAACCGGUGCGGCUUCGUGCACAUGCAGACCGAGGACCAGGCCGCCGCCGCCAUCCGCGGCCUCAACAACUCGACCUUCAACGGCGGCGUCAUCACCGUCGAGCGCGGCCGCAUCAAGGAGCGCGGCCAGCGCGGCGGCCCCGGCGGCGGGCGCGGGGGGAUGGGCGGGCGCGGUGGAGGCGGCAUGCGCAGCGGCGGCAUGGACCGGCGCGGCGGCGGCCCCAUGCGCGGCGGGCCCAUGGGCGCCAGGGACGCGCCCUACAUGCGCGAGCGCGGCAUGGGCGGGCCCAUGGGCGGCCGGGACAUGCGCGGGCCCCCCAUGGGCGGCGGGAUGCGGAACGGCAUGGGCGGCGGCUACGAGCGCGGCGCCGAGCGCGGCUUCGGCGGCGGCGCGGGCUACGGCGACGAGCGCUACGGCGCGUACGGCGGCGAGGACCGGCGCGGGUUCGCGCUGGCGCGCGACGGCUACGGCGCGGCGCCGCCGUACGACGAGCGGCGCGGGGGCUACGCGGCCGAGGACAUGAGCGGCAUGUACGACGAGCGGCGCGCGCCGCUGUACCCGGACGAGCGCGACAUGAUGGACCGGCGCGCCAUGCCCAUGGCCGGCGGGUACGACCGCCCCGCGCCCGUGCGCGCCGCGCCCAUGGGCAACGGAGACAUGUUCAGCAGAAGGUCCCCCAUGCGAGGGGGAGCGGGCGCUGGUUACGACCGGGACCCUUACGCGCAGCAGUACCCCCCUAUGGGCCGCGGGGGCGGCGGCGCGGCCCGCGGCGCUCGAGACGGCGGGCUCGGCAGGCGGUACUAGGAGCGCUCGGUACUCGGAGCCGCCACACUAUAGGCUCGGUACUCGGAGCCGCCACACUAUAGGCUCGGUACUCGGAGCCGCCACACUAUAGGCUCGCGUACACACGAACAAACAUACCGUAGUCUUCCGGCGCCCGACUCCGAUCCCGGGCUCGCGUACAUAUUAGGAGAUUAUCCCGCGCUAGCGGCCAUAGACAGUAAGUUUCACGGUGAACGCUAUGCGAUUCGCUUGUAAUGUUAAUAGACGUAAAUCAUUUUCACGAGACGGUUUCGUUUCCCGGUCGAGCUCCGGCGCCCGGCGACAUCUUGACUUGAUUUGUAUAAUUUUACCGAUCGCCCUUUCCGAUUAUAAAGUGAGACUAAAAUGAAAAUAUUGGUAAAGCUAUUGUUUUAAGUUAUAUAUUUUCGUAAGAAUUAAAUUUCGUAGAAUAAG